GUUGCCUUCGACUCACAUCUCCGCGGUCCCUCCUUCGUCAUGGAACCUCCCCCCAGACUUGAGUUCUCCAACUCCAGCGGAGGUUGGCUAGACUGUUCGGCUUCUGGAAGUCCUCAACCAACCAUAGACUGGCUAUCAGUGGACGGUAGCUCGGUGGGCGACGUUUCGGGUAUCAGGAGAGUCCUCAGAAACGGUACCCUUUUCCUACAGCCAUUCGCAGCUGCUGCAUAUCGUCAGGACAUCCAUAGUACCGUGUACAGAUGUGUAGCUAGCAAUGCCAUCGGAAGGGUGAUCAGCAGAGAUGUUCAAGUUAGAGCUGUGGUAACGCAGUCAUUCAGAGUCGAUGUUGAAGUGAUUAGUGCAGCUCGUGGUUGUAGCGCAGUGUUGAAGUGUUUAGUGCCAAAUUUUGUUAAAGACUUAGUUAGGAUUAUAUCAUGGGUACAAGAACCAUCGUUUUUCAUUUACCCGUCUCUACAAGGAG